AAACUUGAACCUAAUACCUACCACAUUGUUGUCAUCCCUCUAGAACAUAUAUAUAUAUACUUCCCUACCAAACCCCAUUUUAUAAUAUAUACAAAUACAAACAAAUCCCAAAAAGCUAUCACAUAGGACUCAUCAAGAACAAACAUGGCCACAUCUCCAGUCAACCAUGUCUUCUUCACUACCAUAUUCAUUCUCAUCGCCAUAGCCACCGUCUGCCGAUCAGAUGAUCCAGACUGCGUGUACACCGUCUACGUACGAACUGGUUCAGUCUGGAAAGGUGGAACGGACUCCAAAAUAACUCUGACACUAUAUGAUGCAGCUGGCUAUGGCAUAAGGAUCAACGACAUCGAGGCUUGGGGUGGCUUGAUGGGUUCAGACUAUGAUUAUUUCGAGCGGAGCAACCUCGACAUAUUUAGUGGCCGAGGACCAUGUUUGACCGGACCACCGUGUGAGAUGAAUUUGACGUCGGAUGGGACCGGAGAUCACCAUGGAUGGUACUGUAACUAUGUAGAGGUCACCACCACUGGAGCUCAUACACCGUGUGCACAGCAGGAGUUUACCGUGGAGCAGUGGUUGGCCACCGAUACUUCGCCGUAUGAACUGACGGCCAUCAGAAACUACUGUGAGUAUUCUUCCACCCGUAGCAGAGUCGGUGGUGGCCACGUGAUACUGGAGUCCAAUUCUUCAUCUGUUCUUCGGAUGCGAAAAUAAAUGGGGUUGGUAGAGGAUUUAUGUUUUAGUAAUUAUUAUGUGCAGAAAAGUGAGCUGUUACGUUGUAUGCCACUUGUUUGCCAAUAAUUUGGGACCCAGUAUGUUAGAAUAAGAUCCAACAUAGUUGGUUUCAAAAGAAAUGGGUUAAGGUAAUAUCAAUGUUUUUGUCAA